UCUUACUCUACACAUUAUGAUGGACCUCGCCAUGUUAACAGCUUUAUUCUGCUGGAUCUCUGUCUCCGUCUCUGAGUUUCACACUGUGGAGGUCCAGUCUGGUGAAGAAGUCACACUGAUGUGUACCAACUUCACCAGUUCUAUCAGUCACAUAGUCUGGUUCAGACUGGACAACGGACCCAACGCCACCUGCAUCUGCUCCAUGCUCAGCUCUAAUGCCAAUGUUCCGCUCUCUGAUGGAUUUCAAAAUGGAAAGUUUAACAUGACGUCCAACAUGACUACCCUCUUUCUCCAGAUCAAACAAGUGGAUUCAUCCGACUCUGGACUCUAUUUCUGUGGAUCUAACUGGAACUAUAGGUCAAUAAUUGUCAGUGCAACGUACUUAAAGGUUCAAGAAAAUCCUCAUGCAACAACAAGUGUGAUCCUGGGCGCUGUGACUGUUUCCCUCAUCAUAGCUGCCACCGGUAUAGCUGUCACAGUCAGCAAAUUUCAGACAGCUGAAAAUCAAGAACAGAAUCUACAACGGAGUGAGAAUCUGGACUCUGGUGACCUGAAAGAUGCUGCACUGAGUUUGUGUUCAACAACAAUAAGAAGCAGGAGGCCCGCAUCAGUGAGAGAAGUGGAGACUCAUGUUACGUAUGCCACCAGCAAAUAGACACAAGGACCUAAUGUAGCUACACCUCAUGCUGGAGCAGGAGUUGCAUCAUUUUGUCAAAAAAAAACAAAAAGAAAAACUAAAAAACUUAUUUUUGUGAUAGAUUCUUCAUUCAUAAAAGAAGUGUGAUCAUUUUUGCAUUAUCCUCCUCUCUUUCUCAGCUUCACUCUGUUUUUAUUGAUGUUAUCUAAAGAGUACAACAAGUGUUUGAUGGAGGAAGAGCCAGACAGAGCAGUGUCUGCAGCGCUGAAGGAGGGAGCGAGACACAUGACAUGUGUGACAGGAAGAGACAGCUCAGUGUGGUCUGAGAACAGCUAAGGUGAAAAUCGCGAGGCCUGUUAACGCCAUGUUUUGCAAGAAUAAAGUGUGAAAUUAGCUUGUGAAAACUGGCUGACUUUCAUUUUGUUUUCCUCAGAAAAGAAUUAACUUCUGUCCAUCUGAAAAAAAAAACCACAUAGCACAUCAAACUAGUAUCUGCAUAUUUUAAUGGUGAUGUCAAAGUAAGUGUGUGUCAGGAUCUGGUAAAUCUAUGAGGAAAAGUACAUCUGUAGUUGAGUAUUUAGUCCCAUCUACCGACCUAGUAUUCCACUGUGGUGACAAACAGCACUGUCUGUAUCACUAUCUGUAUCAUUAAAGGGGCUAUUUGUAAGUUUUCUCUGGUUACUUGACAAGAGCUUUGGCCAUCGUUGCAUUUACAAGACAAGAGGUUAUAAUACAUCCUCCUCCUACAUCACUUUGUUGACUUUGCUUGUAUGUCCUACAUCUCCCACCUUUAACACACAUCUCAAACAUCGGCUUAAAUCAAACCAGAUCAGUGAUCACUUUAAACUCAGUAUGCAGCAAGUUGUAUGUGUCUUUUUAUUUGUAUAGUUUGCUUGUAGUUGUGUUUUUUGCUUUAUGUUACCUGCCUAGGGACCACAGAUGUAUGUUUACAUUGUGUAUUUUGUCCUGAUGUUCAUUAACAUGCACUG